UUAUUAUUAUUAUUAUUAUUAUUAUUAUUAUCGGCUCAACUCAACUCAGCCUGACCACCUCUUCUUCCCACGUCCUUUUUUCUUAGUCGGACAUUAAAUAAAGCACAAUGUCUGUAGCCAACAGCAAUUCCACUCCAAUUGCUCCAGCGAGCAUAAUGGGUGACGACCAAUCCGCGGCCAUCACCACAUUAAGCCCACUCGACCAGCCGCCCCAAACCCCACUGAUACCUUCCAAACGCGACUACGACACGGAGAGCAACGAUCCGACGCGUCGCUCCAAAAGAACCAAACCCGACGGCUCCCCCACCACCGGCGACACCCUCUCAGCCCUUCCAUUUGCCCAGCAUAAUAAUCGCAUAUACCACCCAGGCGACCACGCAAUCUUUAAUGACUUCGAGAACACCACAGGCACACACGGCACACCCUUUGCAGCCGUCGGACAAAUCCACCAACUUGAGCAGCAACCGGCAAGCGGAGCUGUUUUGGCUACAGUCAAUUGGUACGUACAUCCGCAGUUCACAUCGCAUCCACCAACGAUGGAGUUUUACCGUAUGGCCGUAUUGCGUACGUUCCGCCAGACAGUGGUUCCGUUGGAGCGGAUCCGCAGUGCCUGCUUUGUUGUGCCGCCGGCGGACCUCAUGGUGGGGAGACCGGGGGAGUGGAGAGAGGGGGAUGCGCUGUUUGUGUGCGAGUCCAGGUAUGUCGAUAAGGGGGAGUUUAUCCAAAAGGUUAAGCAGUGGGGCAAAGGGUUUUGGCCCGAGGGAAUGAGCGAGGAGAGAAAAGCCAUGCUAAUGACUAUGGUUCCUUGGCCUGCGGGUCCGCGAGUGCUGGAGAGGGCUGUGAUUCCCUCGGACAACGUUCUGGGCGCUAAUCCUGACGAGCCUAGUGGAGAGGACGCAGGGAGGACACCACAGCAGAAUAGGCGGGUGACAAGGAUGUCGGCGACACCUCAGCAGUCACAGUCACAGUCGCAGAUGACCAUGCAGACACCUACGUCGGUUCCUCGCCAGGCGCAGAUCCCCGGGUUCCCACCUAUGAUGCCCCAGGGUCGCAUGCCCAUGGGCAUUACCAAUGGCCAGCCCCAGCCGCCACCGCCACAAUACGUACUUAACCAGUUCCAGCAGCAACAGCACCAAUUACAAAUGCAGAUUCAAAUGCAAAGACAAAUGACUGCUAACCCGCCGUACAUGCAGACACCAAUGCCCCCCAACACUAACACCAAUGCUCCCGUAACUUCUUCCGCCGCCACUCCCUCGGUGCCUGUGACGCCGUUGCCGAGGAGACGUGGAAGGCCACCGAAGAACAAGCAGCUAAUUGAAAAGCGUGCUAUGGAGGAUGCCGCGGCGGCUGCCGCUGGAUUGGGCCGGACGCCCCCAAAACCACCGACGGUUUCCACACGUCGGCAGGCUUCUAUGGUGGCUCCAUACCAAAAUAAUGGCCGUCCACCACUUUCUCAGAUACAGCAACAGCAGCAGUUUCAGCAACAGCAGCAGCAGAGAUUGAAUGGGUUUGUUGGUGUUGGUAAUUCUGUGAAUGGUGGUCAGCGCGCAAUGCCGAUGAUGCAGGGUAAUAUGAAUCAGACACAAGCCUAUGCGAUACGUAAUCCGAAUGGUAAUAAUACAGGACAGACCCCUCUGCAGCAGCACCAACAGCAACAAUUGAGACAGCAGCAGCAACAACAGCAGCAGCAGCAGCAGCAGGUUAAAAAGAUUGCACCGUUGCCGUAUAUUGACCCUACUUCGGUGCCUCAGCUUUCCAAGGAAAUUGUCAAUUUAUUCCCCACUGUUAAUGGCAAAAUUAAAUGGUUUGCUACUGCGCCGGUUUGUCAGAAAACUGUCGGAACCGUGUGCCAUUCAGAGGCGUAUUUGAAAUGGGCUCGGAAUAAGCAGCAGAAUAAUAUGGAUGUUGAAUCUUGAAUCUUGAAUUUUUUUCUUUGUUUUUUUUUGCGAGGUUUUUUUUUUGCAAGGUUUUUUUUGAUUUUUCCUUUUUCAUUCAUCUCUUAUUUUAAUAUUUAUUUAUCUAGUUAAUUUUAUUUUGCAAUCUUAUUUUGAAUAUUGGC